UGGCGGGCGACAAUGUUGCGCCGCCUCCUCGGACGACCUGCGCGGUCUUCGGCCGCCAUCGAUGCUGACAUUAGCGCAGUCGUGGCCACGCUGCGCGAGAUGGGCCGCGAAGGCUCGAGCCGCAUGCUCACGCCGUCCACGGUCGCGUCGAUGCUGUCGACCAAGACCACGUCGCCGAGCCAGCUCUACCGCAUGGGCCAGGCCAUCUUGGAGAACGGCGAAGUCGAGUCGCACCCGGCCGAGCUCGAGAAGGUCAAGCUGCUCUGGGUCGCGGCCAUGGAGGCCGGCGACCACAACGCCAAGUUUAGCUAUGCGCGUCUCCUCAAGCAAGGCCAGGGCUUUUCCAAGCCGGACGUGAUCUCUGCGACAAAGCAUUUCAAGCAGCUCGCCGACGUCCGGCAUCCUUGGGGCACCUUUGCCUACGCCGAGGCGCUGCGGACCGGCGACGGCACCAAGAAGAAUGUGUCCAAAGCGUUCGAGCUCUACCUCCUCUGCGCGCAGUCCAAUCUGCCGCCAUCGUACAUGGCCGUGGCCAACCUGUACAUCACUGGCGACGGUGUCGACAAGAACGUCCCGGAAGCACUCAAGUGGUACCAAAAGGCGGCCGAGUCGGGCGACAUGCACGCCAAGUCGCUUCUCGGUGACUGGCACUACAACGGUCUCCACGAGCUGCCCGUGAACCGCGCGCUCGGCGUCGGUUUGCGUCAAGAAGCCGCGGCCGCCGGUGUGCCCAACGCCAUGUUCAACAUGGGCUGCGUCUACAUGGAAGGCGCGAGCGAUAUUGGCAUCGAGAAGAGCGAAGUUGUCGCGUACCAGCUCUUCCAGCAAGCAGCCAUGAAGGGACAUGCACUGGCUAUGAUGAACGUAGCCGUGAUGCUUCGAGACGGCAUCGGUAUUACCCGCAACGUCGCUGCCGCGAGAGAGUGGCUCCAAGUGCUUGCUCCCAUCGACAUUCAUGCCAAGGAAGCGCUGGCGGCAUUGCCCCACGAGUGAAGAAGCAACUCAAUCGAGACGAUUUUUUCCAUUUGAC